AUGGCUUAUCACAUUUGCUUGAAUGCAUCACUCAAGCGCACAAGGUAUUUGUUGCGACAAGGCCUUUCUUUUCGUGGUCAUGAUGAAAGUUCCACUUCAAGUAAGAAAGUGAAUUAUUUGGAGCUCUUGCAAUUUCUUGCAGAUCAUGAUAAAAAAGUUAAUGCCCUUGUGCUGGAAAAUGCUCCGGGCAAUCUCAAGUUAAUAGCUCCUUCAAUUAAGAAAGAUCUUGGCAAUGCAUGUGCCAAAGAAUGCAUUAGUCUUAUCAUGAGUGAUCUUAAAGAUAGGUAUUUUUCAAUAAUUGUGGAUGAAGCACGUGAUGUUUCAAUAAAGGAGCAAAUGACGAUAAUGUAUCAUUUGCAUGUUUCCAUCUGUGGUGAGUGUAACCCCAAUGAUAGUUCAAGUGAAGCCUUUAAGUUAUGGAGAGAAAUACAAUCUUUUGAGUUUGUGUUCCACUUGUUUUUUAUGAAAGCCAUAUUGGGAAUAACAAAUACUUUGUCUCAAGCAUUGCAAAAGAAAGAUCAAGACAUUGUGAAUGCAAUGGGUUUAGUUCAAACAUGCAAUGAGAACCUACAAGUGAUGAGGAAUAAUGAGUUUGAUGAAUUGGUUGAUCAAGCAUCUUUAUUUUGUAACAAACAUCAUAUUAUGAUUCCUAACAUGGAUGAGGAAUAUGUAAUUCUUGGGAGGUCACGGCGUAAUGCUCCAAUCAGGACAAACAAUCAUCAUUAUCGUGUGGAGCUCUUUCUUCAUGUCAUUGAUGGACAACUUGCGAAAUUAAAUGAUCGUUUCAAUGCGGUAAAUACUGAGUUGCUUACUUGUUUGGCUUGCUUAAGUCCAAACUUGUUUUUUAUGAAAGCCAUAUUGGGAAUAACAAAUACUUUGUCUCAAGCAUUGCAAAAGAAAGAUCAAGAUAUUGUGAAUGCAAUGAGUUUAGUUCAAACAUGCAAUGAGAAUCUACAAGUGAUGAGGAAUAAUGAGUUUGAUGAAUUGGUUGAUCAAGCAUCUUUAUUUUGUAACAAACAUCAUAUUAUGAUUCCUAACAUGGAUGAGGAAUAUGUAAUUCUUGGGAGGUCACGGCGUAAUGCUCCAAUCAAGACAAACAAUCAUCAUUAUCGUGUGGAGCUCUUUCUUCAUGUCAUUGAUGGACAACUUGCGAAAUUAAAUGAUCGUUUCAAUGCGGUAAAUACUGAGUUGCUUACUUGUUUGGCUUGCUUGAGUCCAAACAAUUCAUUUGUAGCUUUUAACAAAUGA